UUUUAGCUUUCAUGUUAUUCUAUAAUUAAUUUCGUCUUGAUAUGAAAUGAGAUUCUGAGAAUAUCAUGGGGGUGGUUCAGCUGUUCGACUUGGUCUGAAAGAGAAAUCCGUAGAAUCUUACAGGAAAGACGAGGAUGGAGAGUAGCACAAGGGUCGGAAAAUCAGGGUUUCGGCGAGCGCAGACUGUCCGACCGCAUCCUGUAUCGGCCCGCAGCAGGGUGAUCUUCGAGAACAGCUCGUCGACCCGCGACUCGGAUCCCAAUUACGAGUCACGGGAGUUAUUGAUUUCCUCGAACUUGGUUGGAACGUGCCCCGACAUGUGCCCAGCAAAGGAAAGGAUCCAGCGUGAAAGACUCAGAGACUUGGCGGUGUUUGAGAGGCUUAAUGGAAAUCCUGUAAAAACUUCUCCCAGCCUUGCUGUAAAAAAGUUUUGCAGGACUUUGUCUAGCAAUGAAGUUCAUUCAUCAGAUCUACGCCCUACUCUAGUAUUGCAGAACACACUAAAAUAUCUUCUCAGCUUAAUGGAUUCUUCAGAGCAUCCAUUUGAAGUUGUUCAUGAUUUUGUAUUUGAUAGGACAAGGUCUAUACGGCAAGAUCUGAGCAUGCAGAACAUCAUCAAUGAAGAGGCAAUAGAAAUGUAUGAGGAAAUGGUCAAAUUUCAUAUUAUAUCCCACCAGAAGCUUGCAAAACGUCGUAGUGGGCCAGAUGAUUCUUCUUCCUUGCAUUAUCUUAACAUGGAGCAGCUUACAAAAUGCCUUCUGUCACUCUAUGAAGUUUAUGAUAUUAAUAGAAGGCUACAAUUCAUAAACAAGCAUGAAAUGGAGUUUCAUUCAUUUUAUAUACUCCUUCAUAUUGGUUAUAAGAUCCCAAUAAUGAAGGAUUCACUUUCUUUAUGGUUUCGCCAUCUAUCUUCCCCAAUUCUCCACUCCAAAGAAAUGCGUUUUGCUAGGACUUUAUUAAGGUACUUUCGGAUGGGGGAUUAUAAACGCUUCUUUGGUAUUUUAAAAACGGAAGCAUCCCAACUGCAGUUGUGCCUUAUAGAACCCUUCCUCAAUGAGGCUCGUGUGCAAGCAAUAUCAUGCAUUAAUCACAGUGGUUACAAGCUUCAACCUUAUCCUUUAGAACAUCUGUCUGAAGUGCUGAUGAUCAAGGAGCAGGAGCUUGAGUCCUUGUGUUUUGAAUGUGGCUUGGAAGUAAUCACAGAUGAGUUAGGGUGCAAGCUCUUACCCGUCAAACAAUCUAGUUUUCAUCAUCCUAAAUCGGACUUAGAAAGCUAUGGCCUUACAAGUUCCGAUAAGUUUCACAGUUCGCUGCCAAGGCCGGACUCAAGCAGUAAUUUGCAGGUAAAUUCAUCUCAUGGUGGCAAAGCUUUCUUUUAGGACAAUGCCAAAGGCUUGAAAAACUCAAGAUGAUGAUUC